AUGGCUACGAGAUCCAAUUUCAAACGGGCGCUGCCCCAGGCGCAGCCGUCUGUUCUGGCCCCACUGCGCUCCAUACAGAUGAUGGAUGAGUCGAAAGCUGUUCUACCAGCAGAACUCAUCAAUACAAUCCUCGACUACCUUCCCAUAGCCGACAUGUUCACCUUUGCCCGGACCUCGAAGCGCAUGCAAGAGAUGGUUUACGAUGAUACCCGGUGGAUACAAAGACUCAAGGGCAUGGGCUGUUGGAAUGAUGUGGAGGCAAAGCAACGCUUCGAUGAGGCUAUGCGCCGGAAACUCGAAGCUCAAAAAGCGGAAGAGGCGCAAAGAGCGGGCGUCCCUUUGCCUGGAAGUGGCGCUGGGCUUGGGAUAGGCGGGAUCGAACAGCCGCGUGGUAGCAUGACACUUUUCGACGCCGACGAAGACAUACAGCGGCAGUCGCUAGAACAAAAGAGCAGAGGAAGAUCGACAACACUCGACAAGGGCUUCAACGACAUGACAUUGACGCCCACGUUCACAGCGGCAUCAGCAAGGACACCAAUGAUAGAUCCGCAAGCUGCGCUGAAGGUCAUUUCAGGUGUUCGCUCCAUCAGAGGCAGAGCACGACAGGAAUACGGCAAAGUCUAUGGAGCGCUGGCGCCAUACUAUUUCGAUCUGGCGCGCUCGAGAAGCCAUACAGAUCCCGUUCUGUUCCGCACAUAUCGCGAUCCCGAGCAGCAGGCCCAAAUGCUUGCGCAACUGAAGACGUUCGCCAAGAGCGACUUUGCGCAAGGGUGGGGUCAGCGCGAGGAAAAGUUGGACACCAUGAUCGGCAUAUUUGAAAACGCUGUCCUGAGAGAAUUCGAGACUGGCUGCGAAGCUAAAGAUUAUGAUGGUCGCAUGAAGAGAUUCGCGUCCGUUCUGUUCCACUUGAACGGCGGUGCGGCAUGUCUGGACUCGUUCAUUCACAAUCACCCGUUGAUGCUGAAUAAAGAGCAGCUGGGCAACCCACGAGAUUGCCUGCCUGGAACAAGCUUGGCACAGCUCACAUUAGAGCCAUCACGUGAAUUCUUCCAUGGGUUGGCAAUUGCCCUGAAUGACGAAACAGUCGUUAUCGAACGAGUAUUUCCGCCCACCUUCGACGUGCUCCAGCCCUUCUUGGAGCGUGUUGCUGAAGACAUCAUAUCGGAGUACAUCACAUCGCUGUUUGAUGAAGCACAUGAUGUCAGUACCGACGUGUAUCUCAAAGCCGUAGCAGGCGUAUUCGAUCAAGCGUCGCAACUUGCCAUCUCACUGAAGCCGACGAAGGGCUCGAAGGCAGAUUUCCAGGAAGAGGCAGUUCGCAUCAUUUCACAAUGCUUCGAGCAACACAUUGACCUGUACUUGCAGGAGGAGCUGGACUUCUUCAAACGAAAGUCGGUAGAACAGGUCGAGGCUUGGGAGAAGCGAUUGACGGAAGAGGAACAAACGGCCGAGACGUUCUACAUGUCCAACGUUAAUCGGAAGGCGGCCAAGCAGGACUUUCUUUCCUCUUUCAAGAAAGUUGUCAUGAUGCCCGUCAACGUCCUACCAACCAUCGGAGGCUCUGGAGCUAGGAAUUCCGUAGCCGCUGCGCCUGCAGCCAACGGUCAUGGUGCAUUGGACACACCAACAAGAUCAGACACACCAUCAGGCGAUGGCGCACGCUCGCCAGGACUGCAAGCACCCACAACCGAGCUCGCAGCAAAAGCAGCGAUCAUGAAUUCUCGACUAGAAGGCAUCCGAACGCUCUUUAGCAUCGAAGUGGCCCUCGACUUGACACACAAGGCAAAGUCAAGCCUAGAGCGAGCGGCACGAUUUGUCAGACUCGGUGGACAGUCUGGUGAAGAAGCGAAAGAGCAAUGCGAACAGAUCUUCAUCUUCCUUGUGCAAAUCCUUGGCAAUCGACACAUGAAGCUAGGGUUCGACAAGGCAGUCGGUCACUUGGCCGACUACAAACCUCGCGAAGUAGCGGACCACAGCAAGGAAGGCGUGGCACCACUUGUGGCCUUCCUGGAGCUGGUCAAUGUUGGAGACCUGAUUCAACAGAUGGUGGAAGUGUUCUACCUGCAAGAGUUGGUCGCUGCCAAUCUCACCGAUCGCGACGACUUUCUCAGUCUUGCAGCGAAGGAGAAGAAGAAGUUUGAGCAGAUGCUCGAUGAGCGUGUGGCUGCAGGGCUCAACAAAGGCAUUGAUGUGCUCAUGGACGAAGUGGAGUACUUGUGUGGUACCCUGCAGCAACCGUCUGACUUCAACCCGCCCGUAGGCCCCAAUGGAAUAGCGCAGCUGGCAGACAUUGGACCUAGCGAGACAGCGAGGAGAGUCGUCGAUAUGGUGUCGUCACACACGAGCAUGUUGGUUGGUAGCACAGAUAAGAACGUGCUGGACGUGUUCAACCAGGAGGUUGGGGUGCGGCUGUUUACCGCGAUCUGCAAGCACCUCAAGCGGCAACGAGUGAGUGUCGACGGUGCGAUUGUGCUGAUCAGCGACAUGAACGCUUACAACGCGUACAUUGUGUCGUUGCGCAACAAGCCGCUCAUGCAGUACUUUGCUGCUCUGCGUGAGCUUUCGCAGAUCUACCUGAUUGCGCCCAAGGAGGCAAAAGAGAUUGCGACCAUCAUAGCAGACACGGAUCGCUACCACGGCAUCUUCCGAGCGGAGGAGGUGUACGAGUAUGCGGAGAGACGAGCGGACUGGUAUCAGAUUAAGAGCGCGGUUGAGAAGCAGAUGUACGGUGUUGGCUGUUGGGUGAUGUGA